AUGUCCACUCAAUUCGAAGCCGAACAUGCUGACAAUUUAGAAGAAAUCGAAAUGCAAUUCGCCGUCAAGGCGGUUCAACAAGCGGAAACCUAUUGGUCCUUAUUAGAAUCCAUCAAAGGUUCCACCCUUAAAUUAACCAAAUUCGACCAAGACAUAUUUGAAUGUUUAUUAGAAGCAUUUCCCGAAUAUAAAGAUCCAGCAAAUGUAGCUAAUAUUAGUGAAGAAAGUAUGAAGAAUCAUGCUGGAAAACAAAAAUGGAGGGAAUUUUGUGAACAAUUUAAAGAUAUUGAGGAUUAUAAUUUUGGUACUUUGUUGAGAUUGAAGCUGAGUGAUGAAUAUAGUCAAGAAGGGACUAUUUUUGCUGUGAGGAUUCAGUUUUAUGCUAUUGAGAUUGCUAGGAAUAGAUAUGGUUUAAAUGAUUGGGUUUGUAAGAAGUAG